GGUCGGUCCACUAGUACCGGUAGGCGCGAAGCUGCAGCGCCUCACGGGCUCGCAUCAUGGAGGAGGCAGCGGCGGGGCAGGGACGACGCGCGCUUCAUAAGCGUCCUGGGGGCCCGCCGUGGAAGGAGAUGUAUCGGCAGCGAUGUGUGCAGAGAAUGAAAAGUAGCCGGGCCCGGCUCCUGGACAAGUAUCGCCGAGUGGGAGAAGCUCACGUGGGCCUCAUGGCCCAGGAGGUGAUGGAGGAAGAGUGGCUCGCCUUACAGGUUACACAUGCGAGCCUGGUGGCCCAGAGGCACAUCGAGACUUUUGCACAGGUGGAGGACCCUGAGGAACUCGCUGUCUUGGAGGAAAUCCAGCAGGAGCUGAUGAGUCAAGAACAAGCCUUCAUUGAGGAGUAUGAAAGAAGCCUGCAAUUUGACGACGAGUGUCUCGGAGCUCUGCUGGAGGGGCUGCAGACAAACAGGCUCAUCUGCCCUGUGUGCACAAGGUUCAACCUGACUGUUGUGAGAGGUGUGGUCUUGUGUCAGUGUGGCCUCCGUCUCUUCUCUCAGGCUCCAGAGCUGACAGAACAGACCUUCAGAGCCCUCUUAGAGGAUAGUGUGAACAGGCACAGUGAAUUCUGUGCCCACAGACCUGAGUUUUCCAUUGCCAGUGGAGCAGAAGAAAACCCCACUCUUUUCCUAAGCUGCCCGGUCUGUGAUACUUGGACUGUGCUUCUCUGAAGGCCUUGGGAGGGUGACCUUUCUCCUGGAUCGAGAGGUCAUAUUUCUAUGGACAAUUCUAUUUAUUUCUGGGUGUGGGGAGGGGGCUAGGACUGACACUGGGCACCCGAGGGUCCAAGCAGUUUUAUUUCUCAUCAUUCUGUGAUGGCAGUGUACAAAAACGCCAGUGGAGCAAGGAAAUAAAAGCUUACGGUCAGGGAA